UUGGGGCUUCACUUGCCUUACCUUACCCUAGAGCCGCCCUUGAUGCUAUUUCUGUUGCAGCAGCUGAUUAACAGUCAUGUCGUGGUGCACUAUCGAGUCUGAUCCCGGGGUUUUUACCGAACUCAUACAACAGAUGCAAGUAAAAGGUGUGCAGGUUGAGGAGUUGUAUUCUUUGGAUCUUGAUGAGCUCAACAGUCUUAGGCCCGUGUAUGGCUUGGUAUUCCUUUUCAAAUGGCGACCGGGUGAAAAAGAUGAUCGCCUUGUGAUCAAGGAUCCAAACCCAAACUUAUUCUUUGCUAGUCAGGUGAUAAACAAUGCCUGUGCUACCCAAGCAAUCCUGUCAAUUCUCCUGAACAGUCCAGAUGUUGAUAUAGGCCCAGAACUAUCAGCACUAAAAGAAUUCACAAAGAAUUUCCCAGCAGAGCUUAAAGGCUUAGCUAUCAACAACAGUGAAGCAAUUCGCACAGCCCAUAAUAGUUUUGCAAGACCUGAGCCAUUUGUGCCUGAAGAACAGAAGGCAGCUGGAAAAGAUGAUGAUGUAUACCAUUUUAUCAGCUAUAUACCUGUGGAUGGUGUGUUGUAUGAGCUCGAUGGAUUGAAGGAGGGACCAAUCAGUCUUGGGCCAUGCCCUGGUGGGCAAGGUGAUAUCGAGUGGUUGCGCAUGGUGCAGCCGGUUAUUCAGGAACGUAUUGAGAGGUAUUCCCAAAGUGAAAUAAGAUUCAAUCUGAUGGCUGUAGUAAAGAACAGGAAAGAGAUGUAUACCGCUGAGCUGAAGGAGCUUCAGAAGAGGAGAGAGCGUAUUCUGCAGCAGCUGGCUGCAUCACAGUCGGAGAGAAUGGUGGAUAGCAGCCAAGUGGAGUCACUCAAUAAAUCCUUAUCAGAAGUAAAUUCUGGGAUAGAAGCCGUUAGUGAUAAAAUAUUGAGGGAGGAGGAGAAGUUGAAGAAAUGGAAAACUGAAAAUAUCCGUCGGAAGCACAACUACAUACCCUUUCUCUUCAACUUUUUGAAAAUUCUAGCUGAAAAGAAGCAGUUGAGACCUCUUAUAGAGAAGGCGAAACAGAAAACCACGAAUCCUAGGUGAAUUUGUUCACUUUUCACAGGCUAAACAAUGUCGUAUUUUGGUGAAGCUUAUGUUUAAUCUCUGAAAUUUCUCUAGUGUUAACUGAAUGUGCCUCUUUGAGAGCUGCAUGCUCUUCAGGCUAAGUUUGAGCAUUAAUUUGAACUUGUGAUUCAUGCUGAACAAAAUGCUAUCUGGCGUUAUAUUCCUUAGUUGUAGAAAUUCAGUGAUUGUUAAUUUAAUCUUGUUUAUGUUUCUCAUCUUA